UAGAAAAUGCAGCAUCUGGAGCUGAUAUUUAACAUUGUUAGUCUUCAUAAAGGUACAUUUUAAAUAUUCCUGGCUUGGUAUACCGAUGGGCAGCCUUUAUCGCAAUUGAUAGAGCUCUGUUUUGACCAUUUACCCUACUAUAUCUCAGCUUACUUUACAGAAGGCCUACCCAGGAAGUUUAUACCUAGGCCUAGACAAAACAUCUGUGCCUGUGCAGGAAGUUAUAUAGGCUGUGUUAUUUCGCUUGUAAAUAGCAAUAUACUUUCUAAAUCACAGUAGGCCUAGCUGAAUAUGUGACACACGGUUUAAUGGCUACAUUGAUGAAGAUGGAAUGUUAUCCGUACCUGAUUUGUUUUGCCCUGUUUGCGUCAUUCACUUGUACUUUGCAAAUCACUUGUUAUAACCACGACCCUCUUUCGAUUAAUGGAACCCACCCUCCCAGCGAUCUACGUUGUCCAGAGAAAUGUAACUGCACAUAUUGUGCAAACAGAGAAAGACCGAUCUUAAAAUACCGCCAUGAUGUAGAUUGUUCACGUCAGGAAUUAUCAAAAACUCCUUCAAAGAACACGUUACCAGCUGAUGUUGUUUUUUAUUUCUUGAAAAUGAAUAAUAUUAAAUCACUGAAGAACAAUUCCUUUAACACAUUAGACGUCUUAGAACAUCUGUAUCUUGACCAUAACGAGCUAGAUGACACAGGUAUUGAAAUGGAUGCAUUCAGUGGCCUGAGAAAAUUGAGAUAUCUCUCGAUGAACAAUAAUCCAUACUUCAGUAAACUUCGAGCAGCAUGGUUCGUAGACCUUGUAUCGCUAGAAAUAUUACAUCUACGGUUCUGCGAAAUUGACACAUUAGAGAGUGAUGUCUUUAAGCAUUGUAAACAUUUGAAAGAAGUUGAUCUUUCUCACAAUUCUAUUCUAUCAUUCCCAUCAGGCGUUUUUCAAAAUCUGUUUGCACUCAUGUACCUAUACAUGUCCAAUAAUAAAAUAUAUGAACUUAAGAAUCAAGCAUUUGUCAAUUCCAAUCGUAUACAGGCAAUCUCUCUUCAUGACAAUUCCCUCACUACCAUUAACGAAAAUGUUGGUUUUCAAAACUUGAGACAAUUACAGAAACUUAAUGUCGCAUUCAACAGCUUCUUGUGUGAUUGCAAUUUAGUCUGGUUUAGAAAGUGGAUAAACAGUACGAACGUCACAGUUGCAGACAUUUUUCAUACAGAAUGUUAUCGUAAACCUGGACGGAAGAUGUACAUCAAACUGCUGCAUUUUGAUCCUGAUACAUUACAGUGUAGUAAAUUAAUUAAGAUCUUAAAGAUCACCAUACCGCCUGUGUCAGCUUUAGUUGUCAUUUUAAUAAUUGGAACUCUUCUGUACUACUUCAGAUAUGAUUUAAGGUACUGGAAUCAACGACGACGUCUUAGAAAGCAAUAUGAACAAAUUAACAAGCAAGGACCACCACCAAUCAAUGGAGAAAACAUUAAAUAUGACGCGUUUGUGUCCUACAACAGUAAAGACCAACCUUGGAUCAUUUCUGUAUUGCAACCAAAGUUGGAAAUCGAUCGCAAUUUCAAACUGUGUGUUGACUACCGCGACUUCAUAGCGGGAGAAGCAGUUGUAGAUAAUAUCGCGAAUGCUGUUAAAUACAGCCGAAAAGUGCUGUUGGUUGUCUCCAAAAACUUCAUCAAAAGUGAAUGGUGUUAUUUCGAACUAGAGAUGGCACGCAUGCGCAUGUUCGACAAUCACGAAGAUAUCCUGGUUGUGGUUGUACUUGAGAAAGUGUCAGCGAAAGAUAUGCCGAUCCUAUUACAUAAGAUACUGACCACGAAAACGUAUAUAGAGUGGGAAGAACACCCAGAGGGACAGGUAUUGUUCUGGGCUAAGCUGGAAGCAGCACUCGUGUCACCUAAUUGCCCCAGAUACAGACUUCUGCAUAAUCCCUUAGGCCUACCUGAAUAUAUAUGUGACACACGGUUUAAGGCUACAUUGAUGAAGAUGGAAUGUUAUCCGUACCUGAUUUGUUUUGCCUUGUUUGCGUCAUUUACUUGUACUUUGCAAAUCACUUGUUAUAACUACGACCCUCUUUCGAUUAAUGGAACCCACCCUCCCAACGAUCUACGUUGUCCAGAGAAAUGUAACUGCACAUAUUGUGCAAACAGAGGAACACCGAUCUUAAAAUACCGCCAUAAUGUAGAUUGUUCACGUCAGGAAUUAUCAAAAAUUCCUUCAAAGAACACGUUACCAGCUGAUGUUGUUUUUUAUUUCUUGAAAACGAAUAAUAUUAAAUCACUGAAGAACAAUUCCUUUAACACAUUAGCCGUCCUAGAAUAUCUUUAUCUUGACCAUAACGAGCUAGAGGACACAGGUAUUGAAUUCGAUGCAUUCGGUGGCCUGAGAAAAUUGAGAUAUUUCUCGAUGAAUAAUAAUCCGUACCUCAGUAAACUUCGAGCAGCAUGGUUCGUAGACCUUGUAUCGCUAGAAUUAUUACAUCUACAGUUCUGCGGAAUUAACACAUUAGAGAGUGAUGUCUUUAAGCAUUGUAAACAGUUGCAAAAAGUUGAUCUUUCUCACAAUUCUAUUGUGUCAUUCCCAACAAGCGUUUUUCAAAAUCUGUUUGCACUUAUGUACCUAUACAUGCCAAAUAAUAAAAUAAAUGAACUCCCGAAUCAAGCAUUUAUCCAUUCCAAUUGUAUACAGGCAAUCGCUCUGCGUGACAAUUUCCUCACUACCAUUAACGAAAAUGUUGGUUUUCAAAACCUGAGCGAAUUGCAGACACUCAACUUAUCAUACAACAAAUUCUCCUGUGAUUGCAAUUUAGUUUGGUUUAGAAAGUGGAUAGACAAGACGAACGUAACAAUUAAAGACAUCGGUCAUACAGAAUGUUUCCGUAAACAUGGACAAAGCAAUAUGUACAUCAAACUGAUGGAUUUCAAACCUGAUACAUUACAGUGUAGCAAAUUAAUUACGAUCUUAAGGACCACCAUACCGUCUGUUUCAGCUUUAGUUGUCAUUUCAAUAAUUGGAACUCUUCUGUACUACUUCAGAUAUGAUUUAAGGUACUGGAAUCAACGACGACGUCUUAGAAAGCAAUACGAACAAAUUAACAAGCAAGGACCACCACCAAUCAAUGGAGAAAACAUUAAAUAUGACGCGUUUGUGUCCUACAACAGCAAAGACCAACAUUGGAUCAUUUCUGUAUUGCAACCAAAGUUGGAAAUCGAUCGCAAUUUCAAACUGUGUGUUGACUACCGCGACUUCAUUGCGGGAGAAGCAAUUGUAGAUAAUAUCGCGAAUGCUGUUAAAUACAGCCGAAAAGUGCUGUUGGUUGUCUCCAAAAACUUCAUCAAAAGUGAAUGGUGUUAUUUUGAACUAGAGAUGGCACGCAUGCGCAUGUUCGACAAUCACGAAGAUAUCCUGGUUGUGGUUGUACUUGAGAAAGUGUCAGCGAAAGAUAUGCCGAUCCUAUUACAUAAGAUACUGACCACGAAAACGUAUAUAGAGUGGGAAGAACACCCAGCAGGACAGGUAUUGUUCUGGGCUAAGCUGGAAGCAGCACUCGUGUCACCUAAUUGCCCCAGAUACAGACUUCUGCAUAAUCCCUGCAAAUGAAUAAUACGUAAUGAAAGUACUGAUGUCAGUGUAAUUGUAACAUUUUUAUUGUAAAUCAAAUUGUUAGGCAGAUCCUUUUAACUUUAAAGAGCAGUUCACAACGUUUCAAACGUGGUAUGAUGCUGUUUACACAGUUCACUUUUUCUUUGAAUGCUUUAAGAGAUGAUGUGAAUAAAUGCGCUAUAAUAAUAAUAUUUUUACCCAUAACCAUGUACUGUAUUGCUAUAAUACAAUGUCAUUAAGUUUCUACUUGAAUGUCUUAGCAUAAUUAUUAUUGAUAUAAGAUUGAUUGACUGGUUAAUUGAACUAUUCAUUAAUCGAUCAAUUUGUUUAAUUUAUUUAUUUUAUUCAAUGAUCGAUUCAUUUAUUUAAUUGAUUAUUGAUUGUAUGACUGGCUGAUUGUUCAAUCAAUCGUUCGAUCGAUAGGUUGAUCAUACAAUUAAUUAAUUAAUUGAUUAAUUGAUUGUCGGUAGGUCGAUCGACAAAUUGACUGACUGGUUUGAAUGAUUGGUCGGACGAUUGACUGUUUGGUUGAUUGAUUGAUUGAGAUAUUGAUUUAUUCUUGCUGAAUCCACGUGCACAUUUGAAUGGUUCACCAAAGUAUUACUUGUUUUAACAUUCGCCACUAAUUUACUAUACAUUGAUAUUCUAAUAGAAUCAAAUGCACAGCGUAAAUCUAUAAAUGCAAUACACAGUACCAUGUGUUUUGACAAAUACCUGUUUAUGUUAGUAUCUAACAAAAAAUCUUUCUAAAUCCACUCUGUUCUUAGUGCAAACAAAUCAUUCUCAUCAGCCCAAUUAUUGCGUCUAUUAUUUAAGAUAUACAAAAAUAUUUUCCCAUGAUUGACAAAAGUGACAUUCCCGUGUAAUUUUCUGAGCAGUCCCUUUUUCCUUUCUUAAAUAUAGGUAAUACUAUUCGCCAAUUGAUGUGGGAAAGUACCACUAUUAAAAACGUUAUUAAACAGUUUAACGAUUGAGUCAAAAUAACGCAAUUUGGUGCAUUUAUAAUGCAUUCUGUUGCAGGCCCCAUCAAUACCUGGGCUUUAUCCUUUUUGUGUGCUUUGAUUGCAUGUAAAACUUCUUCUAAACUAAUUUCAUCAUUACAUUAUCAAUCUUUAUACCAUACUUUAAAGUAAUAAUAUUUCAAAUGUUUGAAAUGCACCAGAAUACGACGCAUUACAAAAAUAUACAGUAAAGUUUAAAUGUACAAGUGGGGGACACAUUAUAUUAAUUGAUCGGUAUCUUUUGUUCAUUCACGUAUAACAUAUAACAUCAAAAUAUAGCAACACAGGAUGAAUUACAGUUUGAAUGUAUGGUACAAAUUAGGCAAAUCAAUAAAUUAAUAUAUAUGUAUGUAUAUACAAUCACCCGAUUAUGCUAUUAUCACUAGGUAUAAUCGCGUGUCAGUCACACUGUAGUGUGGCAGUAUUUCUAAAUAUUAUAACAGUUUCUAAAUAUUAUAAAUCUGUAUCUCAGUAACCGCUUUCA